AUGUAUAUAAAAUGUAGUAUAAUAUAUAUAGUAAUAUUUAACAUAAUAUUAAUUAAUACACUGAGUAGUAAUAUACGUAAAAAUACCAUUAGAAACAGUUAUUUCCACACACAUUUACUCUUCCAAACACUCGACCUCAUCAAAAUAUUUGGGAGGAUAAGUGAGGUAUCGUUGAUUGGGAAUGUGAUACCGUUGAGUGUGGACAGAUUAGGAAACAAUUUCACGGUAAAAAAAUUACGCUGGAAGCGCUUAUUUAAGAAUAAAAAAGAGAAAUUAGACCUGGAAACUUUCAAGGAAAGAUUAUACAAUUGUUCCUUUUCCUGGCCCUCUGAUUAUAUUACUAACAGAACCACACCCUUUCUUAUACCUCUUAAAUUCAGACAUAAAUAUAAACUCAAAUGUAAAUGCUUUCCAGUGAGUAUGGAGUUGUAUUAUGAUAUAAAGUCUCGACUGUGCAAGGAUGGAGAAUUAAUAACGAAUAAAAUUAUUAAUAAUUACAUACAAAAUCAACCCAUUCACAUUAAUUCUAUUGAUUCUACGUUUAAGGCGUUGAGUGGUGAGGAGGAGGAAUUAACGUUGGAGCACAUGAUUGCUUAUAUUAAGUAUCGAUCACCUUUGAUACAAAUGAUUAACUGGAACUCUUUCAUAUCCUCACUCCCCGUAGGACCUGAUGACUAA